GUAAAGCGCCCGAAAAGCAAGGGAAAGAAGGAAAAAAAAUGGAGAAAAAAUAGAGGGAGGCGUAGCGACUCGCGCAGCGAGAAAGAAAAGGAGAGGAGGGAGAGGGAACAGCGCAAACGUCCCCCACCUCGGUCGUUGGCCAAUGGCGAAUGAUUCUUCCUUCUUCUCUCGCAGCCUCCUUAUCCCGCUCGCCGGCGGCGGCGGCUGCUCCGACGAUGACGACGACUACGACGAGGGGCCGUCGGCCUCCGUGUCGUUCCCCUCCUUCUGGCCGCCGUUCCCCGCUCUUAUGUCGGAUUCCGACUCGGAUGUCGCCUUCCCUCCUCCCCACAUGGACCGCUGUCCUCCGCCGCAAGGAACUGCGUCGGCGUUCUUCGGGCUCGGUUUCCAUGAUGAGAACGACGGCGACGGCGAGUGGGCGCCGCCGGACGAGGAGGGUGGGGAGGUGGGGCUGCCUCUCUGCUGGGACUGCCUGCAGCUGGAGGAGCACGACCACCAGAGGUGGGACCUCGGCGCGAACGGCGACGGCGACGAGUGGGAGCAGGUCGGCAUCAGGGUGGUGGAGGAAGAGGAGCACGAGGAGGCUGCGGCUUCCGCGGCGGUGAGGAGCCUGGAGUGGGAGGUGCUCCUGGCCGCGAACAGCCUCGGGGGCCUCGUCGUUGAUGACGCCGACGACGCCGACGGGGGAAUCGACACGUUCUUCCUUGACGACGCCGACGACGUGCUGUUCGGGCAGCUCGCCGCGGAGGCGGAGCCUCCCGCCAAGGGCGGGCGCGCGGCGGCGAAGGCCACCGUGGAGGGCCUCCCGACCGUUGUCGUCGCGGAGGCCGAUGCGGCCCGCGGCGACGCGCAGUGCGCAGUGUGCAAGGACGGCAUCGAGGCCGGCGAGAGCGCCAGGAGGCUGCCCUGCGCGCACCUCUACCACGACGGCUGCAUCCUGCCGUGGCUCGCCAUCCGCAACACGUGCCCGCUGUGCCGCCACGAGCUGCCCACCGAUGACCCCGAGUACGAGAGGUGGAAGGCGAGGCGGGCCGCCGGCGGCGCGGCGGCAAUGGUGACGGCGACAGGUACAAUACCAUUUGGCAACUUUCAAUGAUUGAAUGACUAAUUAAAAGAAGAGAUUAAAUUGAUAUUCAGAAGUUAGGCGGCCCCAAAGAAGUAUCUUUUUGAUCGAGAGGGAAGGAGGAAUUAAUCAUUGUGAAUUGAUUGUAUUUUGAGUGAUGAUAAUACAGUGCAUUUUAAUUCGAUUAUUGUAUAGGAGUAUCUCGAUGAGAAUUGAAGCACUGACCAAGUGACAAAGGCUUAGACGAGGUUGUUGUGUCUUGUUUAUUUACAACGGAACAAAAGGAUACUAUGAUAAUAAUCUGUUCCGGGAAAAAACAUAAUCAUUCUUAACUAUGCUUAUGUACGUACGUAGUCGCUCCAAUAUUCAGUGCACAGUUAUAAUUUGCAUUCAUUUGUUUGUUCAGAAUGAUUAGCCUGUAAACUUUAAUUCAUUUGUAAGUUGUAAGCCUAUUGUGAAGGACUGUCCGUCUUUAACGGCACAAGUAGUGAGAGUGAGGAAAAACGAGAGAAACAGUCUGUCAUUGCCAAUGCAACUCGUGAAACAUUAGUAAAAGGUUAACACAUUUGAAGGUUUCCAUGAUG